CUAGAUAUCAUCGAUCACCAUAACAACUARCUAUCCGCAAAUAUCCGGAACGCUAUCAAUUUGAAACGAGGUCAUGAAGCUUUUCCUCCCCCUGUCGGUUGUGACACUGUGGCUGGCCAAAUCCAACGACGCCUUCCACUUGCCCGCUACAACGAGAACACUGAACCGCUACACUUCCGAAUCAAGAACAACGGAUGCUACACUUUCUGUUCUUUUCGCUAAUCAAUCCAAUGAAGCUAACGACAACGAACAACGCGCYGUUGGUCAGAAGCGUAGGCGCUUGAUGGCAAAGAUGAAAAAAUCCCUGGCAUUUCUUGUCCCUGUUGCGAUUGCUGGAUCCUCUCUGGUGGCGAAUCCCGAAGCCGUUCACGCCGGAGCACCGGUGAUGGCAAUCCCGAAAGCAAAACCUAACGAUCCGGUGCAAAAAGCCUUCGACCGUCAAGAGUCGAAGGAUAUGAUGGAAGCUCAACAGGAGCUUUCUGCAUUCCAGGCCAAGGCUAGGGCCAUCGAGAAAGAAAGCGGACCGGAAGCCCGUGACAAGUUUGAGAAGGAAUACAAGGAAUCUCAGAAGAGAAGGGCGGAGGAAAAGGCAGAAGGACUGGAGCAACUGAAGCGAGACCUUCUCGACCAAGGAAUUGAUCWCGACUUGGACAUCGAGGGAAAACGUCAGAUGACUCUCUACACUCGGGGUGUUGAUCUCGGACAGGUCGACGGUACACCACACAACGUCGAACAGAGAUAUCUAGAACAAGGCUCAGACAAAGCCUUUGCUGUCCAGAAGAAGGCACACCGUGAAAUCAUCAAGGCCAUGGUACAAGAUCUGAAAAACAGAGGCAUGGAUCCUCUGAAAUACUUCAAUCUCAACAAAGAAAAGACCGAGAUGAUCUUGAACCUGCCCACGGAGAAAGCAGAAGAAUUGGCAGUGAAAUAUAAYAGCAACCUCGAAUUAUAUGGACAAAUUUCGGUUCCGAAAGAAGGCGAAAAGAGUGCAAAAGAACUGAUGGCAGAAAGCGGAAAGGGAAACAACGUCAGCAAAGAAGAACAGAAGCGUCUCAAAGCUGAGGCCAAGGCAAAGGCUGCUGCCGAAAAGGCAGCGGCGAAAGCAGCAGCGAAGGCCAAAAAAGACGCCGAAAAAGCCGAAAAACUUGCUGCAAAAGAAGCUGCGAAGGUCGAAAAGGAAGCCGCAAAAGAAGCUGCGAAGGCCGAAAAGGAAGCCAUGAAAGUCGCAGCCGCUGCGGCCAGUGCAGCAGCUGCUUCUACUGCUGUAGCUGUGGAUGCUGUACCAGUCCCUGAGACCGGCGGUGRCAUCAUCGGUGAUGACGCUGGACUUGGCGAGACCGCUGUGGUCGAGAGCGCUGAAGAAACUAAACCACAAGGGAAGAGCAAAAUUGUCAAGACGUCGGCCGUACUUGUAACUGUUGGAGGUGGAGCUUAUGCAUUUAAAAUGGUAAGAGACAACGCAGCAGCCGAUGAGGAAGAAAGACAGAGACAGUUGCAAAUGCUGAUGGGACAGAGUGYUGUUGAAGAAAGCAGCGAUGCUGGGGUCGCCGGUAUUGAUUUUUACGAGGAUGCCGGAGAURACGAAAAGGCAGCCGAACCAGUUGUUGAACCACCGAAGAAAAAGAAGAAGAAAAGACGAGGAUUAAAGUCGGUGUUUAACAAGAAGAAAAAUUCCAGAGAGACCAACAUCGAGAAUCUAGUAGCGCCAGGUGUCGCUACUGCCGAUUUUUCCAAAACCCUUGCGAAAAUCCUCACCUUYGGGGCCCCAGGACGCUUCCCCGACGUUACCGGCCUCCCUGGUCCUAUGCCUCUCGAGACGUUUGAUCUCGACAAUGCAAGCAGCAUUCUUGUAGAAGCYCAGACGGCCGCAGGAGUAACAAAAGAAGAGUCAGCAGAAAUUUUCGCAAACGUGGUGAACUGCAUGUUGAUUGAUAUUGUUGAUCUCGCAUCGACUUCACUGAAAGAAAAAGACGAAAAGGUAACUAUAGAUGCCAUUGGCAUUGUCAUCACGUUUAUGGACCUAGCAGCAUCGCUUUACGGGUCGAUUGCCGAUGGAGUUGUUAUCGCUCCCGUCACCUACGGUGGAGAUAUUAGCAAGAGCAAGUUGGAACAAAUGUUUACUGCUUACGCGAUGUCAGGAAUGGCAGAUUUUGCAAGCAUGGACGAGAAGUUCGACAAGCGAGUUAGYCUGCUGCAAGAUGUGUUCCAAAUCAAUGCAAAGAAGGCCG